AUGUCAAGCUACGACAAGGUGAUCAAAGGCGCCACCAAGCCAAAGUCCGGUGGCAUCAAGCCCAAGUACAUCGACCCAAUCAUUGCCACCACCUUUGCUACUGAUGGCUCCCUUCAAGAUGUGUGCAGAGCUCUCGGCAACCGUCUACGCGAGCCAAAUGCCACCGUCGUGCUCAAAUCGCUCGUCAUCCUUCAUACCAUGAUCAGAAAUGGCGAAGUCGACAACGUCCUCAGCCACCUCUCCUCUGACAUCGGCAACAUUCGUCUCCGCAACGUCUUCAACAACAGCUGGUCCGGCUACUCUGCUCCGCAGACGCUUUCCGUCUACGCCCAAUACCUCGACGAGCGCGUCCGUGCCUAUCGCGAGCUCAAGCACGACGUCAUUCGUUCUUCCGACCGUUCUCGCGCUCACUCCAACGGUGCCAGCAACAGCAACCGCCUGCGCAAGCUUUCCGUUGAGAAAGGGUUGUUGCGCGAAGUCUCUGCCACCCAAAAAGUGGCCAGCGUCCUCAUGCAAUGUUCCUUCUUCCUCGACGACCUCAACGACGACCUCAUCAUGUCCGCCUUCCGCAUGACCCUCAAGGAUCUUCUCGCUAUCUACACUGCCACCAACGAAGGCGUCAUCAACAUCCUCGAGCACUACUUUGAGAUGGCGAAAUCCGACGCUGAACGCGCCUUGGAGCUCUAUCGCCGCUUUUGCCGUCAGACUGAAAACGUCGUGGCUUUCCUCAAUAGCGCCAAAAAGGCUUCUCACAGCCUUAAUCUCGCCAUCCCUUCGCUCAAGCAUGCUCCCGUCUCGCUUGCUGGCGCACUUGAAGAAUACCUGAAAGACCCCAAUUUCGAACAGAACCGUCAAGAGUACAAGGAGAACAAGCGCAUCGCAGACGGUACUCCAGCUGCGUCCACCGCUCGACCCACGUCCACCACCUCGAACGGCGUGCCCAAGAGCGAGUCAAAAAAGAGCAUCACCAUUCAGGAGCCUGACAAGCCUGAACGAAAAGUCAAGCCCCCAACCUCGAAUCAGGACUUGCAAGACUUCUUCGCCAGCAUCGACAAUAAUGGAGCUCAAAAUAUCUUCUCCAACGUACCGGCCGAGCAGAGCUUCUUCUUGCAAGCUCAGCCAACGGGUAUGAUGGCCAUGAACGGCCAAGGCUUCGGGAGUACGGGCAUGGGAAUGACUGGUCUGGGUGCGCUGCAGCCCCAAAUGACCGGCUACAAUCCAUUCAUGGCUCAGCAACAGACGGGAAUGCAAAUGCCGAUGCAUCAACAGAUGGCGGGCUUUGGAGGUAUGCAACCGCAGAUGACUGGGUUCAUUCAGCCGCAAGCUACUGGUUUCAAUCCGUUCCGGCAAUCGAUCAUGCCCCAGCCUACCGGCUUCGGAGGACCAUUUGGCGCUUUUGACGGUCAGUCGAGCAUGUUCAGUCAGCAGCAGCAGCAGCAGCAGCAGCAAUCGACACAACAGCAACCGCAACAACAUCAACAACAACAGCAACAACAGAACCAGCCCUUCCACGGUUUGCAGCCCCAGCAUACUGCCACGCCCUCUCAGCCCCAAGUUCCUGGGCAACAAGCUUCAUCAAGCGCGCUCGGCCAACUACCGAACCAGCAGCAGUCGUCUGCUCUCUCGUCUUUCAACUCGGCCUUCCAGUCGCAAAGCAAUGGGCAGCAGAGCAACCCUUCCCAGCCUCCUGCAACCUCGAGCCCGGCCAAGCCCCUUCUGCCGCAAAAGACUGGCUCUCGUAACCCUUUUGCUCCGCCACCGGGGUCUACGCCGCCUCCCGCCUCGCCUCCCGCGCCCAAGGGACCUUCGCUCAACCAGCUCGCAAUGAGUGCGUUUGGCGCACCCGACGGUGGACAUUACAGCCUCGGCGCCAAUGCCUGGGAUGGGACUGACCCGACUGGCAAGAAUGCUAGCAAUCAGCACCAGCAGCAGCAAAGUGGUGCGGCCGGAAGCGGGCUACUCGCACCUCAGAAGACCGGCCUCAUUGGUAGUGUUGCGUCUGAAUUCGCUUUCUCGAACCAAAACAACUCUAGUAGCACCACCAACAAUGCCAACUCCGGGUUUGGCCAUAGCACUCCCAGUGGCGCCGUGUCGACGCCCACAGGCCAGCAGCCCGCGAACGAUCUAACGUCACAGUUUGGGGCUUUGUCGUUCGUUGGCAGUGGCCAGCCACAACAGCCACAGACGCAAGCGCUGCAACCGCAGCCGACCGGAUUUGGUGGAAGCAGCAUUCGACCGUUUAAGCCAGAAUCGUCGUUUGGCGCUAGUCUUGCGAGCAAUCCGCAGUUCGGUAGUGGUGCUGCAGCUGGUGGCAAUUCGGGAGGAGUGGCGCCUCAAAUGACGGGCAAUCCGUUUGCGCGUGUUGCGAGCCCGCCCCUACAGCAGCAGCAGCAGUUCACGGGGUUGGGAGCGUUGAACAGCAAUGCUACGGGAAACGGUGCCUUUGGCGCAUCGGCAUCGACCACGUCUGGGCUGCCGCCCAGCUCGAACCACGGUGCCUUGCGUGCGUUCAAUUCUGCUUUCGGCUCCACGCCCGGCGUCACGCAGUCGCAGCAGCAGCAGGGGCAGAGUGGCACGCCGUACAACAGCCUUGGUGGCGCAAGUGGUGGAUUCAACGGGUCUAGUGGCAGCACCACGAACGCGUUCGGUUCGGGUCAGCAGUCGCAGCUCCAACCGCAACCAACAGGAUUCGGAGGCUCGUCCAUCAAACCUUUCCAGCCUACCUCGGAUUUCGGCAAGGGGAUUCGCGAGAGUGAGCAGCCAAAUUUGUCGCACUUUUGA